CCGCAAGAUUUGCAGAGGACUCACUCCUCGCUCUUCUUCUAUUUCAAAUCUCAUCAAAUCUCAUAACUCUCUCUCUGUUCAAAAUUAGGGUUUCAUUCCAAUCAGAUUGCGAAUCCAGUACUCAAUCCUCCUGAUCAUGUCGGCAUCAACGGUGUCUCUCACCGCUAACCCGACGGCGGCGAUUAGACGGACGCCGGUUAUCUCCGGCGAUAAGAAAUCCACCCUAGAUCUCCCGCCGAGCGAAUCUCAUGCAAAUACGAACCAGGAUCCGAUUCGCGGCGAGGCCGCCGCUGAGAGAUCCAACAGUUACGACGUGGGUCCGGUGAUAAGAAAGUCGGGAUCCUCCACCGCGGCGGGGACCAAAUCGACCACCGCGCAGCGACGUACGCGGAAGGUACAGGGGACUAAGAACGAGAAAACGCCGUGGACGAGAGUGGUUAGAGUCUUCGCGAAGCAGCUCGGUGCUCUUCUGUUACUCGCUGGGUUGAUUCAAUUGGUUAGGAGAGUGGUUAUAAAGGAGACGCCUUUAUCUUCUCACUCGAGUUUCCCGAUCGAGACGGAGAUGGGUUUGUCGGAAUUAGAGAGCAGGAUUGCGGCGGUGGAUGGUUUGGUUAGGACCACGGCGAAGAUGAUGCAGGUGCAAGUGGAGUUUCUCGAUAAGAAGAUGGGAGGGGAAACGAGAGCACUUAGGGAGACGAUGGAAUCAACGUCUUCUGCGUUGGAGGCUGAGCUGAAGAAGGUGGAUUCUAGGGUAGAUAGGUUACAGGCUUCCGUAGAGGAAGUCAAUUCGAAACCUUUGGUGUCUAGAGAGGAGUUAGAGAGGGUUUACGAGGAAUUGAAGAAGAGUAAGGUCGAUGAAUCUUCUUUUAGCGAUGUUAGCAUCGAUGAGUUGAGGGCUUAUGCGCGUGAGAUAGUGGAGAAAGAGAUUGGUAAGCAUGCUGCGGAUGGGCUCGGACGAGUUGACUAUGCGUUAGCGUCUGGUGGGGCUUUUGUGAUGGAUCAUUCGGAUCCGUUUCUUGUGGGGAAUUGGUUUGGGACAAGCAGGCGGCGAGUUCAUAGCAAAGCGGUUAAGAUGUUGACGCCGAGUUUCGGGGAGCCUGGUCAGUGUUUCCCUUUGAAAGGAAGUAAUGGCUUUGUUCAAGUCAGGCUAAGAGCACCGGUAGUACCAGAGGCUGUUACUUUGGAACAUGUCUCUAAGGCUGUGGCGUAUGAUAGAACGAGCGCCCCAAAGGAUUGUCGUGUAUCAGGAUGGCUAGAAGACGAAAAAGAUAUGGAGAGUGAGACAAGGCUCCUUCUAACAGAGUUCACUUACGACUUGGACAGGUCAAACGCACAAACAUUCGACAUUGCGGAGUCUGCUAACUCGGGACUCGUCAACACUGUAAGGCUAGACUUCACAUCAAACCAUGGAAGCGAUUCACACACUUGCAUCUACCGGUUCAGGGUUCAUGGCCGUGAACUAGACUCAGUCUCUGCUGUUCAUGCUUGAUCUAUAGCUCCACGUUGAACUCCUCUUUGUAACAUUCCCUCGUAGAUAUCUCUCUUUUGUUUUACUUUUGUGGAAUAGGAAACACAUCGAUUUUAUUUUAAAUCUUGUUUUAGUUCGGUUUAUUCA